AGGAAGCUAGUCGUCUGCUGUUUACGCGGUAGAAACGCAGCUGGUUACAGUACAGGAGGAGUUGACGAAACUGGGUAGAUACCUGCCGACUACCCACUGGCGAUGAUGGCGACUGGUCAGCCUGUGGGUCAGUUGUGUCGUGAAUGUGGCUCGUCCAACGUGGUGGAAGAUGACCUGUACUCUCAGCCGCAGUGGGUGUGUGCCGACUGUGGCUCUGUCUUGGCUGAGGGCCGACUGACCACUGAUAGGACUGAAGAGAAUCAGGGCACAAAUGUCCAGUACUAUAAAAGCACAGCAGUGGACAAGCAGCCUUGUUAUAACCAGAUUAAAGGACUAAAGCGGGUGCGAGCCCUGUGCCGCAUCCUGCACUUCUCACCCGUUGUCGAAGAGCUGGCUGAGAGUCUGUUUUCACAAGCCUAUGAGCACCCCAGCUUCUUGUAUGUGCACCAGCACAAGAAGGAGUUGCUGGCAGGCUGCAGCGUAUUACUCAGCUGUCGCCUGAACGGCUGGCCAAUUGUCAUGGGGACAGUGGCCUCACUGCUGGAGGCCGACUCGUGCCUCAUGGGCACGGUCUUCCAGGACCUGGUUAAGUGCCUGAAUGUGGAGUUGUCCAUGGUGGGCAUCUCUGAAUUGCUCGAGGGACACUGCAGCAGUUACCAUCUCAGCCCGUCAGAGGUCCCAGAAGAGUAUUGUGAGAACCCCAGCAGACUGGUGGAGCGUGCUGCAGAGCUAUUGGAGCUGGCUUCGGAGACGUGGGUGGUCACUGGGCGGCAUCCAGUGCCUGUGCUGGUGGCGUCUGUCUACCUGGCAUGGCUGUCGCUGAAGCCAUGUUCCGCACGCAUGCGUCUCUCGCUGGGCCGCUUCUGCAAGAUGGCUAAGGUGUCGGUACCAGGGCCAGCUCACAGGCGCUUGGCAGAGCUGAAGGAGGUGCUGUGCAAGCUGGGAAAGGAGCUACCCUGGCAGCGGGGUGUGGAAGUGGAGCCGCAGAAUGUGUUUACUAUAGUCGAGGAUAUCCUGAAGUACCGGCUCACGCUGCUUCGACUGGCCCUUCGGACCCACGAGGAAUCGCUGGCUGUAAAAAAUGCCCCUGCUGGUAAUGUUUUGCCUGCUGGUAAUGAGAACCCUCCUGAUGGCUGCAGCUCCAACACAUUAGGUCUGCCUACUGGACCCUCCUCCUACACUGAGAACCCUCCCUCUGGCCACACCUCUAGUAGUGAAGGUCUGCCUGCUGGCUCCACUCCCUGUCCUGAGAGACCUCUCUCUGGUUUCAUGUCUAGCACUGAAAGACCACCCAAUGGUCCUAGCAAGGUUCUGGCAAAUGACCACACCCCUAGGACAAAAUAUCCGUCAAGUAGCAGUGCCUCCCACAUUGAAGCCCUGCCCCUAUCAGACUUGUCCUGUGUGUCACAACUGGAAGAGGAACCUAAGGCUAGUUUGGCUAGUGAAGCAGAGCUUUGGUGGAAGAGGCUUGUAUUUGUUCCACCCUGUAUGAAGAAUCCCCUGAAAAGGGCGAGAACGACGGAGAGGGGGCCAGACGUGACUGGGGAUGAGGAAAUCUCAGACAGCGAGAUCGAGGGCUACCUGCGCACACCUCAGGAAGUGAAGGAGUUUGCAGAGAUGCAGAAAAAGUUAAGAUGCAAGAAUUAGUGACGUCAUAGCCAUAUCUGACAGCAGCUUUGGUUUUUUUUUUUUGAUGCAUGGAUAUCAAACUUUGCAUUAUUGUUAAUCACACAGAUGACUGAUUUGAGUGUGUGGAAAAAGGUCUGAAUAAGAACCAGCAGAUGCUCUACUCAUCUGGAAAUUUUGAUUUCACCAGGAUGCACUGGACUGCUGAGGAGCACAAUCUGGAGAAGUGUGAAUUCUUAUUUUAAAUGUCUUCUCGGCUCCAAUGCCUUUAAUAUUAUGUUCUAACAUGGUCUAAUUUGGGUGAAGAUGUGUCUCCUUCAUGGGCUAAUGGUGGCCUGUGUUUAUAAACUUGAACCCUGGAGCUAACCGGUGAUUAUUAAUCUGGUCUGCUUUGGUAAAUCCAUGGUUGACUGAUAAUUGCAUACUCCCACUGUUUGAGUCUGGUUCUGCCCUGGAAUGUGUGUUUUGGUUCUGAUGAGUUAGUCAUACACCUUUCUGUGGGAAGGCUGUUGUUGCCUCUGUGAACUUUCUAUCAUGUUUGAUCACCUUGAAGUGAACGCCUGUGACACAGAUGUGCAGCAACAGAGCCAACUUUUGAAGCUACAUAAGUCAUAAGCAGUCACUUUAUAAAUUUUCAA